AUGUGUGAAGAGGCUCUGUGCAACAGCCUCUCUGUGGAGAACGUGGCUGAUACCCUCAUCCUGGCAGACUUACACAGUGCCGAGCAGCUCAAAGCACAAGCCAUAGAUUUUAUCAACAGGUAAGUAUCUGUAGAAAGUCCUAGUGAUGAAUUCCUCCUGCCAGCUGCGUUUACCUUCUCUCAGCGCUGCUCUGUUAUCUCCUAUAGGUGCAGCGUCCUCCGACAGCUGGGCAGUAAAGAUGGGAAAAACUGGAAUAGCAAGUAUGUAACUAGGUGAUAUGUGACACCAGAUUAAUAACAAACUCUUAUCUCUCCCAAAGAGAUGCAUUAGAAAUCAUUGUUUUAGCUACAGAGCCAGGGAGGAGGGCGCCAGCAGGGCCAGUAUUGGGCUGUUCAGUGGCUCCCUAUCUCUGAGCCAUGAUAUUAAUAUACCUGGGUAUGGUACUGUUCUACAAUAGGAAAUGAAGCAUUGGUUUUAUUCUGUGUGAUGUAGUGUCUCGUUAAGGACUCCUUGAAUCAUCUCAGUAUUUAUCAUAGAGGAGGAUGACUUGUUUUACUGGUGAUCAUCUGACUUCAGUAGUAUGAAUAGGGUGAGUCCCCACCACCAUCACUACUGCUGCAGCUCUGUCUGAAACACUGCUUCAUAUCUCUGUAUUUAUACUGAACAAAAAUAGAAACGCAACAUGAACAAUUUCAAAGAUUUUACUGAGUUUACAGUUCAUAUAAGGAAAUCAGUCAAUUGAAAUAAAUUCAUUAGGCCCUAAUCUAUGGAUUUCACGACUGGGAAUACAGAUAUGCAUCUGUUGGUCACAGAUAUCUUUUUUUUUAAAGGUAGGGGUGUGGAUCAGAAAACCAGUCAGUAUCUGGUGUGGCCACCAUUUGCCUCAUGCAGUGCGACACAUCUCCUUCGCAUAGGGUUGAUCAGGCUGUUGAUUGUGGCCUGUGGAAUGUUGUCCCACUCCUCUUCAAUGGCUGUGGGAAGUUGCUGGAUAUUGGCGGGAACUGGAGCACGCCGUGGUACACAUCGAUCCAGAGCAUCCCAAACAUGCUCAAUGGGUGACAUGUCUGGUGAGUAUGCAGGCCAUGGAAGAACUGGGACAUUUUCCGCUUCCAGGAAUUGUGGACAGAUCCUUGCGACAUGGGGCUGUGCAUUAUCAUGCUGAAACAUGAGGUGAUGAUGAAUGGCACGACAAUGGGCCUCAGGAUCUCGUCACAGUGUCUCUAUGCAUUCAAAUUGCCAUCGAUAAAAUGCAAUUGUGUUCGUUGUCCGUAGCUUAUGCCUGCUCAUACCAUAACCCCACCACCACCAUGUUCACAACGUUGACAUCACCAAACCGCUCACUCACACGACGCCAUAUACGCUGUCUGCCAUCUGCCCGGUACAGUUGAAACAGGGAUUCAUCCAUGAAGAGCACACUUCUCCAUUAUGCCAGUGGCCAUCGAAGGUGAGCAUUUUCCCACUGAAGUCGGUUACGACGCCAAACUGCAGUCAGGUCAAGACCCUGGUGAGGACGACGAGCACCCAGAUGAGCUUCCCUGAGACGGUUUCUGACAGUUCGUGUAGAAAUUAUUCGGUUGUGCAAACCCACAGUUUCAUCAGCUGUCUGGGUGGCAGGCCUCAUAUGAUCACACAGGUGAAAAAACCAGGUGUGGAGGUCCUGGGCUGGCGUGGUUACACGUGGUCUACGGUUGUGAGGCCGGUUGGACGUACUGCCAAAUUCUCUAAAAUAACGUUGUAGGUGGCUUAUGGUAGAGAAAUGAACAUUCAAUUAUUUAGCAACCGCUCUGGUGGACAUUCCUGCAGUCAACAUGCCAAUUGCACACUCCCUCAAAACUUGAGACAUCUGUGGUAUUGUGUUGUGUGACAAAACUGCACAUUUUAGAGUGGCCUUUUAUUGUCCCCAGCACAAGGUGCACCUGUGUAAUGAUCAUGCUGUUUAAUCAGCUUCUUGAUUUGCCACACCUGUCAGGUGGAUGGAUUAUCUUGGCAAAGGAUAAAUGCUCACUAACAGGGAUGGAAACACAUUUGCUCCUGAGUGGCGCAGUGGUCUAAGGCACUGCAUCGCAGUGCUAGCUGUGCCACUAGAGAUCCUGGUUCGUAUCCAGGCUCUGUCGCAGCCGGCCGCGCAAUUGGGCGGCGCACAAUUGGCCCAGCGUCGUCCAGGGUAGGGGAGGGAAUGGCCGGCAGGGAUGUAGCUCAGUUGAUAGAGCAUGGCGUUUGCAACGUCAGGGUUGUGGGUUCGUUUCCCACGGGGGGCCAGUAUAAUUUUUUAUUUUAUUUUUAUAAUAAUGUAUGCACUCACUAACUGUAAGUCGCUCUGGAUAAGAGCGUCUGCUAAAUGACUAAAAUGUAAAUGUAAAAUUUGUGCAUAUGGAACAUUUCUGGGAUCUUUUAUUUCAUCUCAAGAAACAUGGUCAUGAAACACUUUACAUGCUCUGUUGAUAUUUUUGUUCAGUGUAUUUAUUCUGUCAUUACAGCCCUAGAUUGGUUUUUAAUGUCUCUGGUUUCAGAUGUUUGGGGGUUAAUUUCCUGUCUGUGUGGUUGUGUUGCAGUUAUGCCACGGACAUAAUGGAGACGGCAGGCUGGAAGUCAAUGAUCCAGUCCCACCCUCACUUAGUGGCUGAGGCCUUCAGAGCCCUGGCAUCGGCACAGUGCCCACCCUUCGGCCUGCCGAGGAAACGCCUAAAACAGUCCUAACUGCUACAGCCCACUGAUACAGACACUAGGAGCUGAGAGCUGAGGCAGCAUGGAGACCCGAGCAGGGCUGAACAGAGCUGGGAGGCUAACUGGCUGGGAGGCUAACUGGCUGGGAGGCUAACUGGCGGAAUGUAACGUUUGGUUUUGGUCCUCAAGUUUUGUCUGCUAUUUUUCUGUCAUUUCAAAUGGCCUUAAUCUAUCUGCCAUUGCUCUGGAGCUGAUCGACUGUGUUCUCUCUAUUUGACUCUGUGCCUGACCCGUCCCACAGACCAGGCUGCCCCGUCCCACAGACCAGGCUGCCCCGUCCCACAGACCAGGCUGCCCCGUCCCACAGACCAGGCUGCCCCGUCCCACAGUCCAGGCUGCCCCGUCCCACAGACCAGGCUGCCCCGUCCCACAGACCACCAGACCAGGCUGCCUCCAGAUUGCACUAG